AUGUGGUCGAGGAACUUUAUACCGGAUUAUGGGAUUCAAUUGCUCUCAUUCUUCGUAUUACUAUCGACAUUGGCCACAAGGAUCGAUGGUGUCGAAGGUUUCGUGUCCUGUUCGCCGUCACCAUGCAAGAACGGUGGCACAUGUUUAUCUACACCGAGAGGGGAAUAUUUUUGCAAUUGCACGUCCCGAUACGCAGGCGAGUUCUGCCAGCAUCUGAACCCUUGUCAUAGCGAGUCGAGCCCCCGUUGCCAGAACGGCGGAUCUUGCCGCGUCAGGCCUGGGGUCGGAGGCGGACCUCCGUCCUUCGCCUGUGACUGUCCUCUGGGUUACAGCGCUUCACUAUGUGAGAUAAGAAUACCGGCUGCAUGUGACUCUGCACCUUGUUUAAACGGAGCAACGUGCAGACUCACUUCGUUAGAUACCUAUGAAUGUGAUUGCCCGCCUGGGUAUACAGGAAACGAAUGCUCACAUGAAGACCAUUGCGCGUCCCAACCAUGCCGCAAUGGGGGUCGUUGCGUAGCUGAUAACAGCACAAAUGCUGGGUACUCCUGCGCCUGUCCCCCUGGCUUCACCGGCUCCCGUUGUACAGAAGACGUGGUCGAAUGUUCUAGUGGGCCCGGACCGUGUCACCACGGCCGGUGUUUCAACACCCACGGGUCGUAUACUUGUGUUUGUGAGCCAGGGUAUACAGGAAGGGACUGUGACGCGGAGUAUGUACCGUGUGAGCCAUCCCCGUGCCAUCACGAUGGAAGGUGCACACCGUUGGAUCAGCUGAGAUACGAGUGCGAUUGUCCACCAGGUUACCGCGGUCAGAACUGCGAGAUCGACAUCGACGACUGUCCCGGUCACUUGUGCCAGAAUGGUGCGACCUGCGUUGAUGGGCUUAACUCCUACACUUGCGAGUGCCCGCCCACUUUCACCGGAACCCUUUGCGAGACCGAUGUGGAUGAAUGCGCGCUCAGACCUCUGGUAUGCCAGAACGGAGCGACCUGCACAAAUUCCGUGGGUGGUUUCUCGUGCAUCUGCGUCAACGGUUGGACUGGGCCGGAGUGUUCAGUGAACAUCGAUGACUGCGCAGGAGCAGCGUGUUUUAAUGGAGCUACAUGUAUAGACAGGGUUGGAGCGUUUUACUGUAAAUGCACGCCGGGAAAGACUGGUCUCCUGUGCCAUCUAGACGACGCCUGUACAUCGAAUCCAUGUCACGCAGACGCAAUCUGCGAUACGAGCCCGAUCAACGGCUCUUACACAUGCUCCUGCGCUUCUGGCUACAAAGGACUUGACUGCUCUGAAGAUAUCGACGAGUGUGAACAAGGAUCACCAUGUGAACAUGAUGGCAUCUGCGUGAACACUCCAGGCUCCUUCGCUUGCAACUGUUCAGUCGGCUUCACUGGUCCACGCUGCGAGACCAACGUUAAUGAGUGUGAGAGCCAUCCUUGCAGAAACGAUGGCUCAUGUCUCGAUGACCCGGGAACUUUCAGAUGUGUCUGCAUGCCUGGUUUCACCGGUACGCAAUGCGAGGUGGAGAUCGACGAGUGUGCGAACAACCCCUGUCUAAAUGGAGGAGUUUGCCAUGACCUGAUCAAUGCCUUCAGAUGCACUUGUGUCAUUGGGUUUACAGGCACUCGAUGUCAGGUCAACAUCGAUGACUGCGCGUCAAGUCCAUGUCGGAAUGGCGGCAUUUGUCACGACUCCAUUGCUGGGUACACAUGCGAAUGUCCGCCCGGAUAUACUGGCAUGUCCUGCGAAACGAAUAUAAAUGACUGCUUAUCUGCUCCGUGCCACCGAGGAGAAUGUAUCGACGGAGACAACAGCUUCACCUGCAAUUGUCACCCAGGGUACACCGGCAGAGUCUGUCAAACGCAGAUCAAUGAAUGCGAAUCUAAUCCGUGCCAGUUCGGCGGCCACUGCGAGGAUCUGAUAGGCGGUUACCAAUGUCGCUGUAAACCAGGCACUUCAGGCCGAAACUGCGAGAUAAACGUCAACGAAUGCUACUCAAAUCCUUGUAGAAACGGCGCUACUUGUAUCGACGGAAUUAACAGGUACACCUGCGAGUGCAUCCCUGGCUUCACGGGCCAGCACUGCGAGACCAACAUCAACGAGUGCCUAUCCAACCCUUGCGCCAACGGGGGCAAGUGCGUCGACAGAAUCAACGGCUUCCGGUGUGAAUGCCCUAGAGGGUAUUAUGAUGCUAGAUGCCUGUCAGACGUAAACGAAUGCGCUUCGAACCCCUGCAUCAACGGCGGAUCUUGUGAGGAUGGAGUCAAUCAGUUCAUCUGUCACUGUUUGCCUGGAUACGGAGGUCAACGAUGCGAACGAGAUAUCGACGAGUGCAGCUCUAACCCUUGCCAACACGGAGGCACGUGCCACGACCGACUAAACGCUUACAAAUGCGACUGUGUUCUAGGAUUUACUGGUGUGAAUUGUGAAACAAACAUCGACGACUGUGCCGGUAACCCUUGCCUGCACGGCGGAUCGUGCAUCGACCUCGUCAACGGGUACCGCUGCGUAUGCGCACCUCCCCACUCCGGCCGGAACUGCGAGAACACUCUCGAUCCUUGCACUCCUAACCAGUGUCGUCACGGCGGUCGAUGCGUGGCGGAGGCGUCGUACGCGGAGUUCACGUGCGCGUGCCCGGUGGGCUGGACGGGCGCGCUGUGCGAGCGUGACGUGGACGAGUGCGGGGUCACGGCGCCGUGCCACAACGACGCCACGUGCAUCAACACCGAGGGCUCUUACGCGUGUCUCUGCGCCAGGGGUUACGAGGGCAAGGACUGCGCCAUCAAUACUGACGACUGUGCCUCUUUCCCCUGUCAAAAUGGAGCAACAUGUCUGGAUAGCAUUGGCGACUACAACUGCGUGUGCGCAAGCGGGUUUGCGGGGAAACAUUGCCAAGUGGAUAUCGAUGAGUGUCAGUCUAACCCUUGUAUGAACGGGGCUACAUGUAACCAGUAUGUGGCAUCAUACACGUGCACGUGUCCGCUCGGGUUCUCCGGCAUCAACUGUCAGACGAACGACGAGGACUGUACCGAAUCCAGUUGUAUGAACGGAGGCACGUGCAUAGAUGGGGUCAACUCUUACAACUGCUCCUGUGUGCCUGGGUACACCGGUUCCAACUGUCAGUUCCGCAUCAACAUGUGCGACAGUUCACCUUGCGACAACGGGGCGACAUGUCACGACCACGUCACGUACUACACGUGCCACUGCCCCUACGGUUACAUGGGCAAACAUUGCGAGUCUUAUGUUAACUGGUGUGAAGUGAACCCGUGCGAGAAUGGCGCGACGUGCUCGCAGAAGGGUCCUCAGUAUACGUGCACGUGCGCGCCCGGAUGGUCAGGCAAGCUCUGCGAUGUGGAGAUGGUCUCGUGUAAAGACGCCGCUAUAAGAAAAAGUGUAAAAUUAAAACAACUAUGCAACAAUGGAUCUUGCGAAGAUAUCGGCAACUCACAUCGCUGUCACUGCUUAGACGGAUACACAGGUUCUUACUGUCAAAAAGAAAUCAAUGAGUGUGAUUCAGCACCUUGUCAAAACGGAGCAGUCUGCAAAGAUCUUGUAGGGACGUACCAAUGCCAGUGUGCUAAAGGUUUUCAGGGUCAAAACUGCGAACUUAACGUUAACGAUUGCCUACCGAAUCCUUGCCAGAACGGAGGAACCUGCCACGACCUCAUUAACAACUUCUCUUGCUCAUGUCCUUUCGGUACUCUUGGUAAAAUAUGCGAGAUAAACGUUAACGAUUGCAAACAGGACGCUUGUCACAACAACGGCACUUGUAUGGACAAAGUUGGAGGGUUUGAGUGCAAAUGUCCACCUGGGUUUGUCGGUCCUCGGUGCGAAGGAGAUAUCAAUGAGUGUCUCUCUAACCCGUGCUCGUCCCCAGGCACACAAGACUGCGUCCAACUUGUAAACGAUUACCACUGUAAUUGUAAGCCUGGAUACAUGGGCAGACACUGCGAUGCCAAAGUUAACUUUUGCGCAAACUCACCAUGUCAAAACGGAGGUGCAUGUACCGCAAUUCAAGGAGGACACGAAUGUCUGUGCAACGAAGGCUUCUACGGCAAAAACUGCGAGUAUUCUGGUUAUGCUUGCGAUUCCAAUCCGUGUCAGAACGGCGGAUAUUGUCGGACAUCUGAAAUGGGAUAUGUAUGCGAUUGUCCAUCAGGCUUAUCAGGCAUCAACUGCGAAAUUGAUUCAAUGAACGAAUGUCUAAGCAGUCCUUGCAAACAUCCAGAAGCAAGAUGUAUGGACCAACCAGGAGACUACCUAUGUUACUGCCCAAGGCAUUGGACUGGCAAGAGUUGCGAAAUUCACGAUCCACACUCUAGAGGUGGAUAUGGCAGCCCUCUUAACGGCGGAUUCAGUUCAAAGAACCCAAGCUUGACUUUCGAGGAGCUAGACCUAGCAUUCCAAAGGGAACAAUGCGUGAAAAAAGGCUGCAAGGAGAAGCAAGGAGACCACCAUUGCGAUGAAGAAUGUAAUACAUAUGCUUGUGAAUUUGACGGCAAUGAUUGUUCUCUUGGCAUCAAUCCUUGGGCAAACUGUACAGCGCCGAUCAAAUGUUGGGAGGUAUUCAUGGAUGGCGAAUGUAACGAAGUCUGCAACACUCAAGCUUGUCUAUUCGACGGUAGAGAUUGCCAGAAGUCCUUGCAACAGUGCAAUCCAAUUUACGAUGCUUAUUGCCAGAAACAUUACGCUAACGGCCACUGUGACUACGGAUGCAACAACGCCGAAUGUAACUGGGACGGUCUGGAUUGCGAGAAUGAACCUCCACAUUUAGCCGAAGGUGUAAUGUCUGUAACCCUGCUUAUGGACAUGAGAACUUUCAAGGAAAAUUCGGUAGCUUUCCUUCGAGACUUGGGUCAUAUGUUAAGAACAACAGUGGUUAUAAAGAAAGAUCAUUUAGGUAACGAUAUGGUAACAGAAAGAGGACAGUCCGGUGUACAAGUUUACUUAGAAAUCGACAAUAGGAAAUGUACGACAAUGUCUGGAUCUGAAUGUUUUUUCUCGGCCAAGGAAGCUGCAGAGUUCUUAGCAGCUACAGCAUCUAAGCAUUCCUUGUCUCCUAACUUCCCCUACCUCGAGGUCAAGAGUGUGGAGCAAACAGAUAACGAUCCGCCAGUGCCUACUAAUUCCAAAUACGUUUUUAUCGGAGUAAUUUUAGUGCUACUAGCCGGUCUUUUGAUCGGUGUGCUAGUGACGGCUCAAAGGAAACGCGCAGCUGGUAUCACAUGGUUCCCGGAAGGUUUCAUACGUAACAAUUCCGCAACUAGACGGCAUUCCCGCAGACGAGUACCUGAUGGACAAGAAAUGAGAAAUUUGAACAAAGGAUCUAUUGGGUGUAUUGAUGUAGAUAUAAAUGGUAGUCAUAUGGGUCCACCCCACCAUUGGUCUGAUGAGGACGAUGAUGGGUCUGCGCCGCCAAGAGCCAAGCGUGCGAGAGGUCCGGGUGACGCGAAUGGAGCUCCUGGUGGUUAUGCGUCCGACCAUACAGCGAUCACUGAUUAUGAAGAGGCUGGUCAUGAUUCGAGAGUUUGGACACAGCAACAUCUGGAUGCGGCUGAUAUUAGAGUUCCACCCAGCAUGAUGACUCCGCCUGCUAUUCACGACCCUCACGGAGUUGAAGUAGAUGCAAGAGGUCCAUGCGGUAUGACUCCUCUGAUGGUGGCAGCCGUUCGAGGUGGGGGGCUGGACGCGGGGUCCGACGCGGAGGACGAACAGACCGCACACAUAAUCGCUGAUCUGGUUGCUCAAGGGGCACAGUUGAAUGCAGCUAUGGAUAAAACAGGAGAAACAAGCUUACAUUUAGCAGCAAGGUACGCUCGAGCUGAUGCCGCCAAGCGGUUGUUGGACGCCGGCGCGGACGCCAACUCGCAGGACAACACGGGCCGGACGCCGCUACACGCUGCCGUGGCGGCCGACGCCAUGGGCGUUUUCCAGAUACUGCUGAGAAACAGAGCCACUAACCUUAACGCUAGGAUGCACGAUGGGACUACACCGCUUAUAUUGGCUGCUAGGCUGGCCAUAGAAGGCAUGGUGGAGGACCUAAUAAACGCAGACGCUGAUAUUAACGCGGCGGACAACAGCGGCAAGACAGCGCUGCACUGGGCCGCCGCCGUCAACAACAUCGACGCUGUCAACGUGCUGCUCGCGCACGGCGCCAACAGAGACGCGCAGGACGAUAAGGACGAAACACCAUUAUUCUUAGGAGCUCGCGAAGGUUCAUUCGGCGCGUGCCGUGCUCUACUGGACGCGCUGGCCAACCGCGAGAUCACCGACCACAUGGACCGACUGCCGAGGGACGUGGCGCAGGAGCGGAUGCACGAUGACAUCGUGCGGCUGCUGGACGAACACUGUCCCAGGCAUCCGCCGCAGCAUCACCAUCUCAUGUCAUCACCAAACCCGCACCCGCAGCUGAUAAGUCAACCUACGGUGAUAAGCACGGCUGCAAAAGGCAAACCCAAAAAGUCCCGCGCCAAAGCGGGGCCGGACAGUCCGCAAGACCAACCUUAUGACAACAAUAAUUUACAAACGACACAGAUUAGACGGAAAGCGAGUGUAAAAAAGAGCAAUAAAAAAGUGGCGCAAGAAGUGCCACAGAGUGUGGAGAGCCUCGGCUCUAGCCUCAGCCCAGUAGAAUCUCCGCUACAAAAUUUACAGGACUUGCCGUCGCCGUACGACGCGACGUCGCUUUACUCGAACGCCAUGGCGCAGUUCGUGCUGGAGCCGCGCGUGCAGCACAAGCAACCGCCCAGUUAUGAAGACUGUGUCAAGUGGCACAUCCCGCAGACGGGUGCGGCGCUGCAGCAGUCGUUCGGCGGCGGCCUGUCCUCGCUGUCGCCGCCAUACUCCAACCACUCGCCCACGCACAGCAACCACACCACCUCCCCGCACGCCUAUAUAGGGUCCCCGUCGCCGGGCAAGUCGCGGCCGUCGCUGCCGACGUCCCCGGCGCACAUGGCUGCGCUGCGCCACUCGCACCAGCACCAGCUCGACGCCGCCGCGUACUCCGCGCUCGCGCACCUCAGCGCUAACGGUCAGCACGCGGGCAGCGCGCUGCAGGCCGCCAUGACGCACGCGGCCGCGCUCAACCAGGCGCAGGCCGCGCACCACCCCGCACUCAACAUGAUGUCCGGUUUAUACGGCUGGGGGAUAGGUGACACGUUCCCCACACCAUCACCGGAAUCCCCAGAACACUGGUCAUCGCCAUCGCCACAGACGCCACUGACGCAAUCGCCUCACUCGGACUGGUCGGACCGCGCCGCGCUCUCACCCAAUGAGAUACAACAGACCAAUAAGAGCGGCACUGAAGCCAUUUAUAUAUAG